AUGCAUGAUCUUCACUUCGUUCUCGUUCACGGAUUGGCUCACCGAGGAUGGCAUCUGCACUUUCUCCAGGAAGAACUCCAGAGGGCGGGCUACACUUGUUCCACCUUGAACUUGCCAGCAGCGGGAGAUACGAGUGACGAUCACGACACCGGAGGGUUGACCGCGGACGCAGCAGCGGUGAGGGAAGCCAUCGAACAAGCCGCUCGCACACAUGACAAGAUCGUACCCGUCUUCCACAGCUACGGCGGCGUCUGCGGCAGCGAAGGCAUCGCGCAACUCAGCCCCGAAAGCAAGGCCAAAAUCCACCAUCUCGUCUAUCUGGCCGCCGUCAUCCUCCCGGCGGGCAGCUCCGUGAAUAGCUACUUUGGCGGCCGACGCGCGGCUUGGACCGCGAAUUCCGAGAAUGGCAAGACCACAUACGUGCCCGAUCCAAUCCCCGUCUUCUACCAUGACCUCGAGCCACCAGCGCUGGCAGAAGAGGCGGCCGCCAGGCUCGUAGUCCAUGCUGGCUCUUCCUUUAAAGAAGCGACCAAGCAUGGAGGCUGGAGGCUCUUCCCCAAGAAGACGUAUGUCCAUUGCCUGGAUGACCGGGCGUUGCCGAUGGAAACUCAGCGGGGUUUCUUUGAGAAGAUGAGUGAGAAUGAAAGAGCUGGGUGGCAGUUUGCGGAAAUGGAGGGAAGUCACUCGCCGUACCUGACGAAGCCAGCGGAGACGGCGAAGUUGUUGGAAAAGAUUGCCGGGAAAAAUAUAGUACGUGUGAUAUUCGCUCUAUGUUUGCGGAUUCAGCUGACAGGGUCAUAUAGACAGUGCUCAGGAGCAAACUCUAG